AUGUCUCGACCCCCAGUCAAGUCGCCGACCCCCUCAAAAGCAACAAUCGCAGCACCAUCUCGCAGCCAGCGCGCCCAACGCUCUGAUCACCACGCCGCUACAGCAGCCACGCCGCCACCCCAGCGCCGAAACCAACGGCACCGUCCCCAGCGGCUCAGGGCCCACCUCGCCAGCCCGGUGGACCUGGCGCACUGCGACAUCCCCGUCGUCCUCUGCUGCCUCGCCUCCGGGCUGUGCGACGCGUCCGCCUUCGCGGCCUGGGGCUGCUUCGUGUCCAUGCAGACGGGCAACUCGGUCUUCCUGUGCCUGGGCGCGUCGCGCCUCCCCGCGGGCGGCGAGCCCUACGGCUGGGCCAAGUCGCUCAUCUCCAUCGCCGCGUUCGUGGCCGGCUCGCUGUGCUGGGCCCAGGCGUCGCGCCGCGCCGGGCCCACGCGCCGGGCCACGCUGGCGGGCAGCUUUGCGGUACAGGUUGCGUUCACGGCGGUUGCGGCGGCGCUGGUGCAGGCGGGCGUCGUGCCGUCUUCUAACAGCAACGGUAACAGCAGCGGGCCGGGGCGGGACUCGCAGGAGUUCCUGGAGCGCGUGCCCGUGGCGCUGCUCGCGUUCCAGUCGGCCGGGCAGCUUUCUACGGCGCAGCUCGUCGGCGUCGGGGAGGUACCUACGGUGGUGCUCACCAGCGUCUACUACGGCCUGGCUGCGGACGCGGGCUUCUUCCGGGGGAGGAAUGUGCACCGUGACCGGAGGAUAGCUGGGGUUAUCGCCUUCUUCGCCGGGGCCAUCUCGGGCGGGUGGCUGGAGAGGAGCCGGGGCGGCAUUGCUGCUGCUCUGUGGAUCUCGGCGGCCGUGAAGUUGGGGAUUGCUGUGAGCUGGCUGUUCUGGAAGGCGGAAAAGACUGGUGAUGGAUAG